GGCAGUUUGUCUCGGUCUGCAAACACUGACUACUGUGUUCGUCUGACUGUGUGUAUGCCUAUGUGUGACUCUGCAGCGAGAACAUGCUGAGCAGAGUUGGCCAUGUCCGCAGGUGUGCUACCGCCCUGAACCCGAUCCUGGGGGCGGUGGCCGCCCGACGGAAACACACUCUCCCAGACCUAACGUACGACUACGGAGCACUCGAACCACACAUCUGUGCUGAAAUUAUGCAACUGCACCACAGCAAGCACCACGCAACAUAUGUUAACAACCUCAACGUCACAGAGGAGAAAUACCAGGAGGCUUUGACAAAGGGUGAUGUGACGGCACAGGUGGCUCUUCAAGGUGCACUGAAGUUUAAUGGUGGUGGACACAUCAACCACACUAUUUUCUGGACAAACCUGUCCCCAAAUGGCGGAGGAGAGCCGCAGGGUGAGCUGUUGGAGGCCAUUAAACGUGAUUUUGGAUCCUUCCAGAAGAUGAAGGAGAAGCUGACUGCGGCCACGGUAGCAGUCCAGGGAUCAGGCUGGGGUUGGCUUGGCUUUGAAAAGGAGAGUGGCCGACUUAGGAUUGCUUCCUGUGCCAACCAGGACCCCCUGCAGGGCACCACCGGUCUGAUCCCCUUGCUUGGGAUUGAUGUUUGGGAGCACGCUUAUUAUCUGCAGUAUAAAAACGUGAGACCAGACUACGUCAAAGCUAUCUGGAACGUCGUCAACUGGGAGAAUGUGAGCGAGCGUCUUCAGGCUGCCAAGAAGUAGAGGCAAACCCCCUCUCUAAAAAAAAAAAAACCAAAACAAACAAAAGAACUACGCCUCCAGUAUCUUCAGAACGCACACCUUUUCAUUCAUGCUGCAACUACCGGAUCCCACAGUGGCCCGUAUGGGCAAAAAAAAAAGGAGUGGUUUCACCAUAAUGUCCACUUUAAUAACACUGUCGACCCACAAAAAAUGUGCAGAUGUAUUGUGGUGAAAUAAGCUUAUCAGUGCUAGUUUUCUGUGUAUUUAAUUAAAAGUUGAUUUGAACUA